UCAUCCACCCCGCGGCCAUCAUCCACCCCGACGCCGCCAUCGGCCAGGGCGUCUCAAUCGGCCCAUUUUGCACCGUGGGGGCUUCAGCGAGGAUUGGUGAUGCUUGUCAGUUACACACCGGGAGCCAUGUCAUGGGACAUACCGAGCUAGGAGAGGGAUGCGUUGUUCUCAAUGGUGCUAUCCUUGGUGCAGAUCUCCCUGGACGAACAAUUAUUGGGGAAAACAAUGUGAUAGGGAACUAUGCUGUGGUUGGUGUUAAGUGCCAAGAUCUCAAAUAUAAGUCAGGUGAGGAAUGCUUUCUGCACAUCGGUAACAACAACGAGAUCAGAGAGUACUGCUCUAUUCACCGUUCUUCUAAAGCGUGUGACUGCACGGUUAUUGGUGACAGCAAUCUUAUAAUGGGGUCCUGCCAUAUAGCACAUGAUUGCAAGAUUGGUAACAAUAACAUCUUUGCCAAUAAUACUCUAUUCGGUGGCCAUGUUGUUGUUGAAGACUACACUCAUACUGCUGGGGCUGUUGUUGUCCAUCAAUUUUGUCAUAUUGGGUCAUUCUCAUUUCUAGGCGGAGGCUCUGUGGUUGCGCAAGAUGUUCCUAGAUACAUGAUGGUUGCAGGUGAUAGAGCAGAGCUUCGUGGUCUGAAUCUUGAAGGUCUUAGGCGCAACGGUUUCUCAGACCAAGAGGUACGAAGUCUGAGGAAAGCUUAUCGGAAAGUAUUCAUGCCAGCUAGUAGUUGCCAGAGUAGUUUUGAAGAUCGACUCACUGAACUGGCACGGGAAAUUGAGCUAUUAGAAUCUCCCUUUGUAUCCUGUAUGGUGGAAUCAAUUCGCACAUCAUUUGAGCAAGGACGUCGUGGAAUAUGCAAGUUCAGAAGUUGGAACAUCUCAUAAGCAUUGCUCGGAUCCAACUUCUUUUAUUACUGUAAACGGGACACAUGGAUACGCCAUACAGACAGUAAAUGACCAAAUGCCAGCCAAUCAUAUCAAACAUGGGUUGUCGUCAAGAUGAUUUUCACACCAAGGGAAGCUGUGUGUAGUUAUAGGGAAGCUGUGCGUAGUUAUAGUGUUCUUACCUCUUGGUUGUACAAAUCCUUGUAAUAGAACUACUUAGUAUACACUACAAUUUUUGACAGGGCUUCGAUUUUGUCCAGAGAUGUCUCUGGAUCUCAUGCUCUAAGCUGUAAAACCCAAAUGAUGUUACAUACUCCCUCCGGUCUGAAUAAAUUGACAUGAGCUGUGAAGAGCUAGUAGCCUA